UUUCCGGUAAGCGGGUUGGUCAUGUCUGCCAGAAAGGCUCGCUCGGUGGCGAACCCUUUGGAGUCUGCUAUCACUUCACCGAGUGAGAGGAUACUGAAAGAAUGUCACAGUUUGUAUGUUGACAGCGAAAACGGCCUGGUAAAGAUUGCCAGCAGCCAAGGAGUACGCCUUCUUCCCCCCAGAAAGAAGAUUAUUGUGAUGAUCAUGGGGAACCAUUCUGCCGGAAAAAGCUCCUUCAUCAACUGGUAUGUUGAGGAGCAUAUCCAAAAAACUGGUGUUGCCAUUGAAACGCAGGGCUUCACAUUCAUCACAAGUGGGCGUAAAAGAGAAUCAUUGACGGGGAAUGCAACACUUCAUCUAUACCCCCAUUUUCGACCGCUCCUUGAGUUUAAAGGUGUUAUGGACUAUCUAUCUGCUGAGAUAUCCACCUCCAAGCAGAAGAAGUUCAGCCUUGUGACCUUUGUGGACACACCAGGCUUAGUGGAUGGGGACAUGAUCUACCCUUUUAAUGUUAACAGCGCCAUCACAUGGUUAGGAGAGCAGUCGGACCUGAUAUUUGUGUUCUUUGACCCCAUGGGUCAGGCGCUGUGCAAGCGCACGCUGAACAUUGUGGAGAAGCUGAGUGAGAAGUGUGGGGACAAGCUGUUGUUCUACCUCAGCAAAGCUGACGAAGCUGGAAAGGAAACCGAUCGACAAAGAGUGAUGAUGCAGAUUGUCCAGGAAUUGUGCCGCCGCCCAGGUCUCAACAAAUGUGGUUUUGAAAUGCCAACAAUAUAUAUCCCUAACCCGCAGAAGCCAAACCGCUGUGUGAACCAAAUCGACGGAGUUUGUCAGACCAUCGAAAAGACCAUCAACCAGGCUGUGCAGAGAACUUUGGACCAGUUAGAAAAAGACUGUGAUCUAAUUUGCUUUACCAUCAGCAGCAGACUACAACAGGACAGAACUGAUGCCUCAUACAACAAAAGCGUUCGACUGCACUCGUUCGUAUGUGGUGCUAUGGGAGUUGUCCUUCCUCUGCUCUUCAUUCUCAGUUUCAUUCUGAGCACUUUCCCCAAGGAGCAGCUGAGUAAUCUGACGGGAGAGGGGCUGGCACACACCCUUUCUGUCUGUACAGGAAUUGUGAUGUACCUAUGGGAGUGGAUUCCGGAAGAUGGGCAAGUUGUCUUUGUGAUCCUUUUUGGAGCCUUUUGUUACCUCCUACUUUUCCUCUCUAAAUACUUCUCUGGUCAAGGAAACAAGACUCUAACAAAGAAGGAGAAGAGAGUGAUGACAGAGUACAGUGAUUAUAUCCAGGAUAUCGUCAAAGCCAAAAAGGGUAAAUUGUAUGAAUGGUACCUCCAGCAAUGUGCUGCAGAAUAUGACCUUUGACUCCGGGUAAGCGUCACAUGUAUGUACAAACCCCGUUUCCAUAUGAGUUGGGAAAUUGUGUUUGAUGUAAAUAUAAACGGAAUACAAUCAUUUGCAAAUCAUUUUCAACUCAUAUUCAGUUGAAUAUGCUACAAAGACAAUAUAUUUGAUGUUCAAACUGAUAAAAAAAAUGUUUUGCAAAUAAUCAUUAACUUUAGAAUUUGAUGCCAGCAACACGUGACAAAGAAGUUGGGAAAGGUGGCAAUAAAUACUGAUAAAUUUGAGGAAUGCUCAUCAAACAUUUAUUUGGAACAGCCCGCAGGUGUGCAGGCUAAUUGGGAACGGGUGGGUGCCACGAUUGGGUAUAAAAACAGCUUCCCAAAAAAUGCGCAGUCUUUCACAAAGAAGGAUGAGGCGAGGUACACCCCUUUGUUCACAACUGCGUGAGCAGUCAAACAGUUUAAGAACAACGUUUCUCAAAGUGCAAAUGCAAGAAAUUUCGGGAUUUCAACAUCUACAGUCCGUAAUACCAUCAGAAGUUUCAGAGAAUCUGGAGAAAUCACCCUACAUUAGUGGCAUGGCCGGAAACCAACAUUGAAUGACCGUGACCUUCGAUCCGUCAGACGGCACUGUAUCAAAAACCGACAUCAAUCUCUAAAUGAUAUCACCACAUGGGCUCAGGAACACUACAGAAAACCACUGUCCCUAAAUUCAGUUUAUCGCUACAUCUGUAAGUGCAAGUUAAAGCUCUACAAAGCGAAAACCAUUUGUCAACAACAUCCAGAAACGCCGCUGGCUUCUCUGGGCCCGUGAUCAUCUAAGAUGGACUGAUGCAAAGUGGAUAAGUGUUCUGUGGUCUGACAAUUCCACAUUUCAAAUUGUUUUUGGAAAUAUUCGACAUUGUGUCAUCCGGACCAAAGGGGAAGCGAAUCUUUCAGACUGUUAUCGACGCAAAGUUCAAAAGCCAGCAUCUGGCUUUUGGGGUGCAUAAGUGCCCAAGGCAUGGGUAACUUACACAUCUGUGAAGGCACCAUUAU